GCUGACGUACAGAAGCUCUCAUUGGAAAAGAUGAAAUCUUUGCAAUGAUUAUUAAUGUGAAGACAAGACGGCAAUGUUAAGGAAAGUUCGAUUGUGUUUUGUUGGGUCUUCUGGUGGACCUGGCCUUCCGUCCAAUAUAAGUUACGAGACCUGGUCAUCACCCUCCCUCCUUAAACAACGAAAUUCAAAACCAAAUUAAUCAACAGCCCCCUUUUUCUGAAACUUCCCAUCAAUUCCCUUCACACCCCGAAACCAAUUUCCGCAGAGACUCCGGCGAAUCGAAUAAAGACCAACUAGCUCGAACGUAAAACAACUGACCACAAAAGACAUGGAGAACGGAGUCGACUGGAGAAUGGCGGAGAAACUCUCAGGGCUGGCGAGGACUCCGAGCCCUGAUACGAUCUGCUCCACAGGACCCACCGAUGACAGUGACUUGUUUCAGGUGAUGAAGGCUGUCGAAGCUGCGGAGGCCACCAUCAAGCAACAGGUCGAAGAGAACAUCCGGUUGAGGUCUGAGCUCGAAUACAAGACUCUGGAGCUCCAGAGACGUAAACAGAUUCUGGAGUCACCUAAGGCUGUUGGAUCGCAUGCAAAUUCCGAAACCAGCACGGAAGGGGAAUAUGAUCAUUUACCGCCGCAGGGUGAAGAAUCCGGGGAAGGAAUGAAGCAACUGAACCGAUGUUCCGGCGAGGAGGAUGUUGUUGUGAUUAAGAUUCAUGAGAAUGAGCAAGAAAUCAUGCAGCUGCGGCGGCAGCUGGCGAAUUUCUCGAUGCAAGAAGCGAGGAUUAAGAGCGAGAAACAUGGUCUGCAGAGCCGGAUUACUAAUAUGCGCUUGGUGUUUGAUCAGCAGCAGCAGGAUCUUGCUGAUUCCGCUUCCAAGGCUAUGUUGUAUAGACAAGAUAUAAUUGAAGAGAACAUACGCCUGGCUUAUGCUUUGCAGGAUGUGCAGCAGGAGAGGACGACGUUCGUUUCGGCAUUGCUGCCGAUUCUGACAGACUAUUCGUUACAGCCGCAGGUUCAUGAUGCUCAGUCUAUUUCUAGCAGUGUAAAGAUUUUGUUUAGGCAUUUGCAGGAGAAGCUUAUUAUGACAGAGUCGAAAAUGAAGCAGUUUCAGUAUCAAGUAAGACCUUUACAGUCGGAUUUCAAUCAGUCUAGGACUAAUUAUACUCAACAGGCACUUCCAUCUCAUUCCAUUGGUUCAGCAUUGGAAAGAAAAGAUAGGCUAGAAAUGGUUACGCAGUCACCCUCCCCCCAUGAGAAUGUAGCAGCUUCUCCGGCCCCUGAUGCUCCUCAUCGGACGCAGACAGCCGUUAUGAAUUGGGAUCAAUCAAUUGGCCUUGGGAGCGGUUUAGGUGGUGUUGACAUAGAGUGUAUGGAACAGAAUGAACCUGAAAACAGGAACCCUAUAGCCAGAGCUGUUCCUUCUAAGCCUACUAUUGCUAGACUUGACGCGAAUCGAUAUAGAGACGAUACAACACCUAGUAAACAGGUCAAGUUUCGUGAGCCUGAGAUGCAAACAAACACAUAUUACGAUGAUCAUGAAGAAGAAUACAAUGAGAGUGGAGGAAUGUCUCCUUACUAUCCCAGCUCAUCUUAUCCCCAGUAUUUAUCACCAGUUCAUGAAGAUCUGUUUGUAGAGGAUGAUAAUUUGCCAGCUAUUGAGGGUCUCCAAAUUUCAGGUAAAGCAUUACCAGGACAUGAGCUCCAAGCAUCUGGAUACUCCAUUAAUGGAACUACCAGUUGUAACUUUGAGUGGGUACGCCACCUUCCAGAUGGAUCUGUAAACUACAUUGAAGGAGCAAAGCAACCAAACUAUCUUCUCACCGCUGAUGAUGUCGAUACAUCCCUUGCCAUUGAAGUUCAGCCCCUGGAUGACAGAAAGCGAAAAGGAGAGCUUGUGAAGGUGUUUGCAAACGAUCACAAGAAGAUCUCUUGUGACCCUGAAAUGCAGAGCCAGAUACAGAAGAUUCUUCAAAAGGGUCAUGGAUCAUUUCCAGUGUUUGAGUUCACCGGGUUUCUUGACAUAUGGGAACCUGCUACUUUGGCCAUUAAAAGGGGAGCUUACAGCAUUAAGCGCAGCUCCGAAUCUAGUGUGGUGGUGGCUGAGAAGUUUUCACCCAACACAUUCGUUUCAAUUCCUUAUGGAAGCCCUUCGGAAUUCAUGAUAACCGACUCUGAUAUCUCUGGUGCUAAUGCUGAUCAUCUCUUAAAAACAGAUGAUACUAUUGGUUCUAGAGAUACAAUUGUGCUCAUAUUGAGAUUAUUUAUCCUAAGGGCUGUUGAGAGAAGGACAAGGAAAGGGAAAAAAAGGGUCUUAUUCUUUUGACAUGUAUGA